AUGGGCUCCGUCAAACGAAAGGGAAAUGCGCCGGAGGACUCGAGUUCUCGUCACUCGAAAAAACGAGUCAAGGUCGCCAGCCAAGUACCUGACAAGAAGGAUGUGAAGCGAAAAAGCGAUUCGACAAUUGAUGGAACAGCGGGCGACAGUCGCGUCAAAAAGGCGAAGCCGCAACCAGAAUCUACCUCAAAACCUGCGACCCUUUCUGUUUUGCGCGACGAAGCUCCUGCCUUUCCUCGAGGAGGCAACAAUGCGCUCACUCCGUUAGAACGAAAGCAAAUCCAGAUACAGGCGACUCGGGAUGUGCUUUUUGAGCAAAAAGGUGCUUCAAACGGGGAGCUCCCAGAUGCUGACUCGGAAAUCGAGGAGCAAGCAGAUGAGGAAAAGGAAGCUACUCUUAAACCCUCUCGCAAAAAGCAGAAGGACAAGAAAAAUAAAAAGUCAGUUGAAGGAACUGCGAAAUCCCAGGGUCCCAAAAUUGAAAGUCUCAGUUUCAAGCAAAUCACGCCGGGCUCCAAACUUCUCGGUCAAGUCACGAAUAUUGGCACUCACGAUAUUUCACUUGCCCUCCCAAACAACUUGACCGGAUAUAUCCCAUGGACCGCGGUUUCCAAGCUACUGAAAGAAAAGGUGGAGAAGCUUUUAAAAGAUGCAGACAAAGAGGAUGACGAGGAGUCUGACGAUGAUGAUUUUGACCUCAAGUCAUAUGUCCGACUCGGCCAAUACUUUCGAGCAUCUGUGUCUUCAACUACAGCCAAUAAUGAAAAGGGGGGUAGAAGCAAAAAACGCAUCGAGCUUUCUAUAGACCCGCGCGAGGCAAAUUCCGGCCUUUCGAGAUCCGAUAUGAUCAUUGACUCGACCGUGCAAGCCUCCGUGAUAAGUGUUGAAGAUUACGGCCUGAUAAUGGACGUAGGUUUGGAGGAUGGUGAGACGAGAGGCUUCAUGUCCUCCAAAGAACUUCCCGCCGGCACAGACUUCUCUCAAGUGAAGGAGGGCGCAGUGUUCCUAUGUGUGGUUACUGGCCACAAUACUGCUGGCAAUGUGAUUAAGCUCUCAGCCAACUUAGAGAAAGCCGCAUCUGGAAAGAAAUCGCAUUAUAUUAGUUCUGCACCGACUAUUAAUACGUUCCUUCCAGGCACUGCGGCUGAAAUUCUCGUAACAGAGGUAACUCCGAACGGAAUGGCCGGGAAAAUCAUGGGAAUGUUGGACACAAUGGUGGACUCGGUGCAUUCUGGCUCGACCGACGAUAAGAGAGAUCUGACAAAGAAAUAUCGCCUAGGUACGAAAGUCAAAGGCAGGAUUAUCUAUAGAGUCUCGUCAGAUGAGAAGCCCAAGCUAGGGUUCUCCAUUCUUGACCAUGUCCUCAAGUUUUCACUCACGACAGUGGAUGCCGCACAGGAUUCGAAGCGCAGGCCAGCCAUUUCAGCAAUAAUCCCAGAGGUCAAGGUGACAAAAGUCGAUCCUGCCCUGGGUUUAUAUGUGCAGUUAGGCACCACCGAACAUCUUGGCUUUGUCCACAUAUCUAGAGUUAAGGAUGGGAAAAUUUCGUCUUUAUCACCUACAGAAGGCUCUUUCAAGGUUGGUUCAUCUCAUGAAGGUCGGGUAGUCGGAUUUAAUGCCAUGGAUAACCUCUUCUUAUUGUCUUUGGAAAAGAAUAUCAUUGACCAACCGUUUCUACGACUGGAGGACGUUACCGUUGGUGCCAUUGUGAAAGGGAAGAUUGAAAAACUCCUUAUUGGGCCUGAUGGCAUCAAUGGCCUUAUCGUCUCUCUUGCCGAUGGUAUAAGUGGUCUCAUCCCUGGCAUGCACAUGGCCGAUACCAAAUUACAACACCCAGAGAAAAAGUUCCGCGAGGGAUUGGAAGUGACCGCUAGGAUUUUGUCUGUUAAUCUAGAAAAACGACAAUUGCGGUUAACGUUGAAGAAAUCGCUGCUUCAUAGCGAGUCCACCAUCUGGAAAGACUAUAAGGACAUUUCCCCCGGUAAUCAGUCUCCAGGAACACUGGUGAGCAUUCAGAACAACGGUGCUGUUGUUCAAUUCUACGGAGCCGUUCGUGGUUUCCUACCGGUUUCUGAAAUGAGUGAAGCGUACAUCAAGGAUCCUUCCCAGCAUUUCACUGUCGGUCAGGUUGUGAGCGUCAAUGUAUUGAGCGUGGAUUCAGAGAAGGGAAGAUUGGUUGUGUCUUGCAAAGAUCCUUCAACAGUCACGGAGGCUUAUAGAGGCGCCUUGGAAAGUGUCCGUCCGGGGCAACUUGUUUCAGGGGUUGUCUUCGAGAAGUCAAGCGACGAUUUACUUCUCAAGCUUGAGGACGGUGGAUUGAUUGCCAGACUCAGCGCGGAACAACUCUCAGAUUCGUCACCCUCGAAAGCUGCGUCUAAUUUCGCACGGAUUAGAGUUGGGGCAAAAGCUUCAUGGCCUUUUAAUACUCAGCAUACGGAAAGCUCACCGCCUAAUCCAGGCAAACUUCCAGCCAAGUUCGAGGAGCUUCAGUUGAACUCGAGCGUAACAGGCCUCGUUAAGAAUAUCACUGCUGAUGGGAUAUUUGUCGAAUUCCUAGAGGGACUUACAGGGUUCCUUCCAAAACGCCUAGUGGAUGAUGAACAUUCAAACCGGACAGACUUUGGAUUUAUGCGCUCCCAGACAAUUUCGUGUUCGGUUUCUUCCAUUGAACAAGAUACUCAGAGGUUCAUUUUAACUAUGAAACCAGUCGAGAUCAAAGACGAAGGAAAAAGUCAUCGUCAAGGGACAACAAGAAGUGCCGGAUUGUCAGUCGCCAAUCCUGUGGAUGAAGAUAUCAAAUCUUUCGAUGAUCUUGAGUUUGGAAAAUGCACCAAGGCAAAGAUCACUUCAGUUAAGGAUACCCAGCUCAAUGUCCUGUUGGCGGACAACGUUCAGGGCCGUAUCGAUGUUUCUGAGAUAUUUGACAACUGGGAAGACAUAAAAGACCGGAAACAACCCCUUAGGCCUUUUAAGGCCAAGCAGAUCGUUCCAGUCAAGGUUUUGGGUAUUCACGACGCACGAACUCAUAAGUUUUUACCGAUCAGUCAUCGCUCAGGCAAAACUCCUAUGUUCGAACUCUCAACAAAGCCAAGCACCUUAGCAUCUCCCGAAUAUGAGCCUCUAACUAUAGAAAAGGUCAAGGUUGGAAGCUCAUUGUUAGGAUUUAUCAAUAACUUUGGGGAUGAUUGUCUAUGGCUUAAUAUCUCGCCAAAUGUGCGGGGGAAACUUCGAAUUAUGGACAUCUCUGAUGACCUUGCCCUCGCUGGUGACAUCAAGAAGACAUUCCCUAUUGGAUCUGCCCUGAAAGUUACUGUUACAGCUGUCGACGUUGAUAAGAACCGCCUUGAUUUGACUGCCAGACAUGGAGAAUCAUCCAAGACUCUCACGAUAUCCGAUCUUUCCAAAGGCAUGAUUCUUCUGGGCAAGGUUACCAAGGUUACGGAACGACAGGCUCUUGUGCAGCUUAACGAUUCACUCGUGGGGGCCAUCGGAUUGAUUGACAUGGCCGAUGACUAUUCGAAAAUUAAUCCGGCUAAAUUCCAUAAAAAUGAGGUCCUUCGUGUUUGCGUUGUUGAUGUCGAUGUGCCAAAUAAAAAGGUGUCACUUUCCGUACGCCCUUCAAAGGUACUUAGCUCAUCUCUACCGGUUGAAGACCCUGAAAUUACGUCCGUCGACAAGCUCAAAGUCGGCGACAUCGUUCGUGGGUUUGUCCGAAAGGUGGCUGAUGUUGGGCUAUUCGUGAUGCUUGGACAUAAUGUGACGGCAUAUGUCCGUGUCUCGGAUUUGUCUGAUGCUUAUUUGAAGGAAUGGCAAGAUGAAUUUCAGGUCGACCAGAUUGUGCGAGGAAGAAUCACCUUGGUGGAUACGGAAGCCGGCAAAGUGCAGAUGACUCUGAAACAAUCAGCUCUUGAUCCCAACUACAAACCGCCACUUCAGCUUAGUGAUUUGAAGCAAGGCCAAAUCGUCACCGGGAAAGUUCGAAAGGUCGAAGAAUUCGGAGCAUUUGUCACAAUUGACGGCACUGCAAAUCUUAGCGGCCUUUGCCACCGAAGCGAGAUGGCGGAACAGAAAGUCGCCGAUGCACGAAAGUUGUAUGAGCAAGGAGAUCUCGUGAAAGCUAAAAUCCUUAAAGUUGAUACAGAAAAAGCCCAGAUAUCAUUGGGAUUAAAAGCCUCCUACUUUAAUGAGGAUAGCGAGGCAGACUCAGAUAUGGGCGAAGCCGCCAGCGAUGAUGAAAGCAGCGACGAUGACUUUGGCGGAGUAAACCUUGAAACGGUUUUAAGUGAUGAUUCCUCUGAUGACGGAGAGGAUAUCAUUAUGGGCGGUGUGAACCUUCCUCAGAUUUCUAUACCAAUUGCCAACGCCAAUGAUGACGAUGUGCAAAUGGCUGACGACGACGACGACGACGACGAAGCAGGCGGGCUGGUCACGGGCGGUUUUGACUGGACAGGAAACGCACGGAAAGCUCACCAGACUUCGAACAACGCUGGCUCUGAUUCGGACGAGCAAGCCGUAUCGAAGAAGAAAAAGCGCCGGAAGGCUGAGAUUCAAGUCGACAGGACUGGUGACCUUGAUGUGAACGGGCCCCAGACCGUGGCUGAUUAUGAAAGGCUACUCCUGGGGGAGCCGGAUUCCAGCUUGCUUUGGUUGAAAUACAUGGCGUUCCAUCUUGAACUAGGAGAAGUUGACAAAGCGCGGGAAAUUGCCGAGCGUGCUCUUCGGUCCAUUAACAUCAGUCAGGAUACGGAGAAGUUGAACGUUUGGGUUGCGAUGCUGAACUUGGAAAACACCUUUGGCACAGAUGACAGGCUUGAUGAGGUGUUCAAACGUGCUUGCCAGUAUAAUGAUGCCCAAGAGAUCCACGAGAGAAUGGCAAGCAUUUUCAUUCAAUCUGAUAAACCCGAGAUCGAUCAGAAAGCGGAUCAGAUUUUCCAAGCUGCGUUGAAAAAGAAAUUCAGCCAAUCUCCCAACCUGUUCCUGAACUACGCAAAUUUUCUCUUCGAUACUAUGGCCGCUCCGGAUCGAGGACGGGCACUGUUACCUCGCGCCUUACAAGCGCUACCUGCCCACACCCACAUUGAUCUCACUUCCAAAUUUGGACAGUUGGAAUUCCGUUCACCCAACGGAGAUAUCGAACGUGGCAGGACUGUCUUUGAAGGUCUCCUCUCAUCGUUCCCCAAACGCGUCGAUCUCUGGAACAUUUUGCUGGACCUUGAGAUUAAAGUUGGCGACGCGGAACAAGUGAGACGGCUGUUUGAACGAGUACUUGGACUUGGCCACGGCGUCAAUGCCGAUGGAAGCAAAUCCGGAACGAAGAAGCUGAAGGAUAAACAGGCAAAGUUUUUCUUCAAGAAAUGGCUUGCUUUUGAAGAGAGUGUAUCUGGUGGGAAUGAGAAGAUGGUUGAUGAGGUCAAGGCACGGGCUGCGGAGUAUGUUAAGUCAUCGAAGGGAGAAUCUUAG